AUGAAGUUACUAGGGUGGAUGCACAGAAAAUUUCGCCAGAAUAGCGCUGAACCGUUCAAAGACCUGGUCAUUGGGAAUUCUUGUGACGAUGAUCAUAACUAUCUGAAAGGAAGCUUUGGGAAUUACAAGCACGUGAAACAAAGUCAGAAAGAGCAGAACCUAAGAAAAUCUUUCGCGGGUGUGGAAGAUGAGGAGUUUGAGGAAGAUUCAGCAGGGGCCAUGUACGAGCUGUUCCACGGGUUCCUAGCAAUUGGAACUCUGGGUUCGGAACAAGUUGUUAGUGAUCCAUCAACAACGCCAACAUUCGCCAUAUCUGUGGAGAAUAUAACUGAAAAGGAAGAUGAAGUGACUGAGAACGAACUGAAGCUGAUAAACGAUGAGCUAGAGAAAGUUCUUGGAGCGGACGAUGAGUCGUCAUGUGGGAGAAACAGCCAUGUGAGCAAUGGGAGAAGCAGCCAUGGAAGCAUAAUAACUCUGAGCGGGAAGCCUCUGUUGGAAGGUGGAGGAGAAUCAAAUGGGAAUGGAAGUGCAGUUUGUCCACUUCAGGGGUACCUCUUCGGAUCGGCAAUCGAGUUGUCAGAAACCACAACUGUGGCUGUGGCUAAGCAGAAGGAGCACAGGACAUCGCUUGGGGAGCUGUUCCAGAGAAGCAAGCUGGCAGAGGAGAAUGAUAACAAGAGAAGUGAGAGGGAAGCAGACAAAUCUGCCAUGCAUCUCAUGAAAAAAAAGCUCAAGAAAAGAAUGCUUCACACUUCUUCCCGAAGCUCCACCUCCCAGCCUGUUGAUUCUGCUUCAGCUGAGAGAAAACUGCAUAAGAUUCUUCAUAUGUUCCACAGGAAAGUUCAUCCUGAAAAUUGGACAGGUGCACAAAAGUGUGAUAAGUACCAAAAGAGUGAGACCAAGAAGAAAACAAUGAAUGAGGUGGUGCAUGGAGAGGAAGACAUAAUGAUACACCCCAAAAGAGCAAUGUCAAAGGAAAACAUUAUGCGACAAUAUUAUAAGAUCCAACCCAAUCCAUUCCACUUUGCUCUUGGCUGUGAAGACUCAUCUGACAAUAAGGAGCACUGGAUCAAAACAGAUGCUGAUUACUUGGUGUUGGAGCUCUAA